AUGUUUAUCACAUAAUAGGAAAAAGAUGUGCUCAUUGAAGGUAAGGUGGACUGGAAAGGAAGAGCUGCUACAAAGCGGAAACAUGGAGGGAUGCGAGCCGCGCUUAUCAUUUUAACGGCGUUUGCAUUUGAAAACAUGGCAAAUUUGGCUCUCGCGGUGAACUUAGCGACAUAUUUCAAUUCAGUAAUGCAUUUUGACAUUUCUGACGCAGCAAACUACCUAACAAACUUUAUGGGCACUAGCUACAUUCUUUCCAUUCUUAUGGCUUGUCUUGCCGAUGCCUACAUAGGCCGAUUUAGAACAGUUCUUAUCGCCACCAUUGUAGAAUGUUUGGGAUUUGCAUUACUCACAUUACAAGCUCACUACAAAAAGCUCAAACCACCUGAGUGUAACAUCUUUUUGCCAACAGCCAACUGUGAGAAAGUGAGCGGAGGAAAUUCCGUGUUGUUGUUCUUCGGGGUCUAUCUGCUGGCUCUUGGUUGUGGGGGUGUGAAAGCAGCAUUGCCAUCACAUGGCGCGGAUCAAUUCGACCAAAAAGAUCCCAAGGAGUCUGCCCAGAUGUCAACUUUCUUUAACUGGUUGCUACUAGGCGUUGCAGUGGGUGGUUCCGUUAGUUUAACUUGCUUCGUUUGGGUGCAAGACAAUAAAGGUUUUGAUCGGGGUUUUGGGCUGUCGUUGAUCGCGAUGAUCUUGGGUUCAAUCAUCUUGGUUUUUGGAUUGCCAUUGUAUCGGAUACAUGUUGCAAAGGGAAGCAGUGUCAUUACAGAAGUUAUACAGGUUUACGUUGCAGCCAUCAGAAAUAGAAACCUUCAACUUCCAGGGGACUCUUCUGGGCUACAUGAGAUCCCAAUGGACAAAGAAGCUGCAACUCGUCAAGAAUUCUUACCCCAUAGAGAUGUCCACAGGUGGCUAGACAAAGCGGCAGUCCGAUCUGAUAGCACUGAUCAAUCUCCAAGUCCAUGGAAACUUUGUGGGGUUACACAAGUCGAAAAUGCAAAAAUCUUACUAGCCAUGGUUCCAGUUUUUUUGUGUAGCAUCAUUAUGACACUUUGCUUAGCCCAACUUCAAACAUUUUCAGUUCAACAAGGCAUCACCAUGGAUAUUAGGCUCACAAACUCUUUCAAUAUGCCACCUGCAUCCCUCCCGAUUAUUCCUGUAGCAUUUCUCCUCAUUUUAAUCCCGAUCUAUGACCAAAUAUUUGUACCCGUGGUGCGUAGAUUUACUGGUAUCCCUACGGGCAUAACUUACUUGCAAAGAAUAGGAGUUGGACUUAUCUUGUCUGCGAUAUCAAUGGCAAUCGCCGGUUUCAUGGAAGUGAAGCGAAAAAAUGUUGCAAAAGACAAAAACAUGUUAGACGCGAUCCCUAUCCUUCAACCGUUGCCCAUCAGUGUGUUCUGGUUAUCAUUCCAGUAUUUUGUGUUCGGUGUAGCAGAUAUGUUCACGUACGUGGGGCUACUCGAGUUUUUCUACUCACAAGCACCAAAAUCAAUCAAAUCCAUCUCUUCUUGCUUCCUCUGGAGCUCAAUGGCUCUUGGGUAUUACUUGAGUAGUAUCAUGGUUCAGAUAGUGAACCAUGCAACAAAAGGGGACACGAAAAGCGGUGGAUGGUUGGCUGGAAACAACAUAAACCGGAAUCAUCUGGAAGACUUUUACUGGCUGCUUGCUAUUUUGAGUACCAUCAAUUUCGUGAUUUAUCUAUUUGUUGCAAAUAGGUACAAGUAUAGGCCAGAAAGUCUUGAAGCUGAGGAAGAGUAUGAGGUGCAUCAGUUGAUUAAGUCAUCGGAUGGUUCGAUGGAGAAACUAUAA